AUGCUUGGCAGCAGCGCCCACCCGGGUGUCUGCUGGUUGCAAGAAGCGACGCAGGGGCAGCAGAAGCCACUGGAUGAGCAGCAGCAGCAGCAGCAGCAGCAGCAGCAGCAGCAGCAGCAGCAGCAGCAACUGCAGCAAGUGCACCAGCUGCACCAGCUGCAGCAGCUGCAGCAGCUGCUGCAGCCGCUAGCUGGCUGCGCCCUUGAGCUUCUGAAAGCAGCUGCCAGCCAGCGGUGCCCAGCAACGACUCAUCUGCCCCCCGUAAUACAAACGAAAGAGCAGAGCAGCGCCGACGUGCCUGUCUGUGGUGGGGGCCUCUCCUUGCAGCCGCAGCAGCAGGAGCAGCAGCAUCAGCAGCAGCAGCAGCCGGCACGACAGCAGCAGCAGUCCACACAGCAGCAGCAGCAGCAGAUGUCCACACAGCAGCAGUCACUACCGCAUCACCAGCAGCAGCAGCCCCCACAGCAGCAGCAGCAGCAGCAGCAGUCCCAACAGCAGCCACAGUCCCUACAUCACCAGCAGCAGCAGCAGUCCCUACACCAGCAGCAGUCCCAACAGCAGCAGCAGACCCGACGGCAGCAGCAGCUGCUGCAGCAUUCCCUACAGCAGCUGCAGUCCCUACAGCACCGGCAGCAGCAGCAGCAGCAGCAGCAGCAGGAGUCCCUACAGCACCAGCAGUCCCAAAACCAGCAGCAGCUGCAACAGCAGCAACAGCAGCAGCAGCAGCAGCAGCAGCAGCAGCAGGUGCCAAGUAACCCGGAUAUGAUUCACAGCAGCUGUCUCCUCGAUGACGGUGCCUGGAUAGGUUUCCGUGGGGCCUUUGAGUUGGCCAGCAGCAACGGGCGCAGCAGAGCCUCAGACUCGCUGCACUCUUCUGUAGGAGAUUCGCUUGUGCGGGGGGCUACGGGUGGUUCAGCUUUCACGCCGCUUGCUGCUGCUGCUGCUGCUGCUGCUGGGAUAUCUGGCAGCAGCAGCAGCAGCAGCAGCAAAGGCAGCAGCAGCAGCAGCAUUAGUUGUAGCAAGGGGACCCCCGCAGCAGUGCCCAUGGCUGCUUCUGUUGAACCCGCUAGGAGUGUUCCUUUCUCCCCCGUUGAGUCUGCUGCUGCUGUGGGCAGCACCGGGGAGCCAGCAGCCGCUCAGUCGUUCAGCCCGUCGCCUGCUUUCGGGGGGAUAGGCUUGGACUGGGAUGCAGAUAUUCUUUCACUUUCACAAAACUACGAAGGAAUGCUGCAGCGCGUUGGUUGGGUGCUGCUGCGCCCCUUCGUCAGUCUUCUGGGUUGCGGCAACACGCCGGUCAUUCAGCUGCUGCAGCACAUUGAGGCCGGCUAUGACCCCGAUAUCCCGUAUCACACGGCUACGCACGCGGCGCAGGUGGCGCACGCGGCGAUGGUGUUGAACACCAAGCUGGAUCUAGACCCAGGAAAGGAGAAGACGGGAACUUUCUGUUUGGGGCUGGCAGCGUUGGCGCACGAUGUAGGACAUUUGGGAAAGACGAACGGCUUCUUGCAACAAUCCAGGCAUCCGCUCGCCACCAUAUACAACGACCGAUCUAUCCUUGAAAACUUUCACGCAUCCGUCUUGUUCAGAAUCAUCAACGAAAUCCCGUCGGCGAAUAUCUUCUGCACUCAAGACGCUCAGGUUCUUCGCCUCACCUUCCCUGCUUCUUACCAGGCUCUGCGGCAACAGAUCAUCGCCCUCAUUCUCGCCACAGACAUGAAGGAUCAUGUGGACUUGGUUUCUCGUUGUAGAUCCCGGAGAAGUUGCCCAGACUUCAACUUGUUUUGCCGAGAAGAAGAUGCACUGCAUGUGAGGAAGAUGCUGCUGAAGAUGGCAGACCUGUCGCAUGCUUUCUUAUGCUGGAAAGACCACUUGGUCUGGACUUGUAAAAUAUCCGAGGAGUUCUAUCGGCAGGGGGACGCCGAGAGGCGACUGAAACUCCCUAUUUCUUCUGUUUGCAACCGGGAAUCACACCACUGCCUGGCGCAGAACCAAGUGGCCUUCUUGCAGAUCCUUGUUGAGCCAUUGCUGUGCGAGUUGGAAGGCAUAGAGGCGACAACGGAAGACGAACACCCCAGGAUGCCCUUCAUCAGGGAUACUUUGCGUAAGAGGUUUCAGAGCAACGUGAAGCGUUGGACGGUGCUAGACAACAGCGGGAUGUAUAUUGUAAUAGACAGAGAAACGCUCUCGCGUGGUUUCUACCGGCAUAGCCAUCUGAGUAACUGGCGCAUAUCUGAUGUUGAACGGUCGUUGACGUGA